UUAUAACGACUAUUCCAUAAACAAAAAAUGCAACAUGUAUAGCUUGUGUCAUCCUCUCAAUCUCUGCAACCCCUUCAAUGUCGACAUUUUCUUCUUCUUUCUUAUCUCUCUCUACAUAUAUAUACACACAUGAUCCUAGACAAAACAUCCCAAACAAACAAAUCCUUAAGGGAUAUACCCUGUGCCCACCUCUGUGCAGAACAUCCCUUUUCUUCAUAGAGAUUUGUGUCAUUUUAUUGACUUUUGAGACUUUUUGUUCACGACCCAGAUCGUAAUUUGGUGUGAUUUACAAUACCCAUGUCUUCAAUUCAGGAAUUGGCAGGUGGGCUUUGGCUUGGGGAGUUUAGUGGCCUAAUCACCGGAAAGGCUCGAGCUUUUUCUGCCUCAUUUGUGCAAAAAGUUUCUGAAUCUAUGUCCACGGCUACUUGUGGCGGAGAGGAUGAUGAAUUGGAAACUUGUCGUGAUGAGAAAGCAGCUUUCAUCCUCAAAAUGUUGGCUAUAGCUGCCAUUCUUAUCUUUGGAGUUUGUGGUGUAGCCACCCCAUUGGUAGGCAAGAAAAGACGAUUUUUGCGUACAGACUCGAAUCUUUUUGUCGUUGCCAAGGCUUUUGCAGCAGGUGUCAUACUAGCCACUGGAUUUGUACACAUGUUACCGGAUGCCACAUCAACCCUUACUGAUCCGUGUUUACCUAAGUACCCUUGGUCCAAGUUCCCAUUCUCAGGAUUUUUUGCCAUGAUUGCCGCACUUGUUACAUUGCUUGUGGACUUUGUUGCAACUCAGUAUUAUGAACGGAAGCAAGAGAAACAGAGUCAACCUGUCCAUGUGGAUUAUGUUAAUAUAGCAACUGGACCAGAAAUUGUUUCCGCUGAGGUCAAUGAGAGCAGUGGUAAACUUUUCGGUGAAGAGGCGGGAGGAGGGAUGCACAUCGUGGGCAUGCAUGCUCAUGCUGCUCAUCAUAGCCACAAUCAUUCGCAUGGACAAGGGGCUUGUGAGGGUCAUUCACAAGAUCGCCCUGAUUCGCUUUCGCACUCCCACUCCCACUCCCACUCGCAUGGCUUUGGUAGCGGGGACGAGGAGAACAACAUCAGGCAUGUGGUUGUUUCACAGGUUUUGGAACUUGGAAUAGUUUCACACUCGAUUAUUAUUGGACUUUCACUAGGAGUUUCACAAAGCCCGUGUACCAUAAAACCCUUGAUUGGGGCUUUAUCUUUCCACCAGUUCUUUGAAGGGUUUGCACUCGGAGGCUGCAUUUCUCAGGCUCAAUUUAGCACCUUCCACAGCACAAUGAUGGCAUGCUUCUUUGCGAUAACAACACCUGUGGGUAUAGCUGCCGGGACUGGUCUAGCAUCAUUUUACAACCCCAACAGCCCAAGAGCAAUGGUUGUAGAAGGCAUCUUUGAUUCUGUAUCUGCUGGUAUAUUAGUCUACAUGUCUUUAGUAGACCUAAUUGCUGCAGAUUUUUUGAGUAAAAGAAUGAGUUGCAAUGUCAGACUCCAGGUUGCAUCUUAUGUUGCUCUUUUCCUUGGAGCUGGCUUAAUGUCAUCUCUUGCGCUUUGGGCUUAAUUAGGAUCUGAUUCUGACACAGAAGUCUGGCAAACUAACUUAAAAGAUACCUUUUUUGCAACUUUUCUCGGACCUGCAAGUUAGAAAUGGAUUUUUUUUUUUUUUAAUUAAACAGCUCUCUAGAUUUGUGCUCUAUAUUGUAUUAUAAUUUCCGUAGAAAUAGAUAUAUCUUUGUUCUUAAUUUUAUUCCGAGUAGUCUUUCGUUUUUGUGAAUUGUAAUCAUGUGGAGAGGAAGAAGAUGUAUAUCAGUAUAUGUACUAUGUAGAGGCUGUUUGUGUAUGUUGUGGUUUAAAUUCA